UUCCGUAGCAAGACGCAGGCGGCGGCGCCGCCACGUCCCAGGCGGCGUCCGGGAAGCAGGCAGUCCGGCCUGGGAAAACUUUGAAGUGACCAUGGCCUUCACGCUGUAUUCCCUGAUGCAGGCGGCCCUGCUGUGCGUGAACGCCAUCGCCGUGCUGCACGAGGAGCGCUUCCUCAAGAACAUUGGCUGGGGAACAGACCAGGGAAUUGGUGGAUUCGGAGAGGAGCCAGGAAUUAAAUCUCAACUAAUGAACCUUAUUCGGUCGGUGAGAACUGUGAUGAGAGUGCCAUUGAUAAUAGUAAACUCAGUUACUAUUGUAUUGCUUUUGUUAUUUGGCUGAGCAUCGUUGGGAAGUUAUCGACUCAAAGGAAAAGAUACCCUCUCAAAAGUCACUAUUUCCGUUGUGACUGGAAUAUUCAUGUUUCAACAGGCUCAUCUUGCAGUUGAAAAAAAUGUAAAGUCAACAAUAAAACCAGAUUUUCUAUUUUAUUUGAUUUUUUUUUUAAGUUGCACUUGUAGUUUCAGUACAGAAGGGAUCAGCUCAUUAGAGGCAGGAAUACUCCAGGAUUGGAACAAACUUGCUUCAUUUAAAAUUGGUCAAGGUUGUUAAUGCACAGGACUGCUGCCUCUGUUCCAUUAGAUGCUGCUCUGUCUCACAACUCAGGGAUGGACUUUUCUCCAAAGUUUUGGAAUUCCUUCCCAUUUAGAUAUGACCUGAGAGUAAUUAACUUCCUAUGUAAAUUUAAAGAGUCUCUUAAAGUAACAAUUACAUUUAAUUGGCAAAUUGGUAAUUUUGGCAAUUUUGAGCUCUUUGGUUUACUAGUCUAAUAACUAUAUGGGGCAAUACCUUGAUUUCAGGGAAAAUUCUGGUUCCAUAAACCAAUUGUUAACUGUGGUUUUGCUUCAAGUUUUUCUUAUGCUGUUUAUUAAUUGACCUGAACCAUGAGGCCAGACUAUUUACAUAUUUUCAUUGGUAGAAAGUCUUCCCUUUUUAUAACGAUUUGUUUGAUAAAAAAUCAGUAUAACUAUUAGGUGGCAAAAAUCAGCCCAUACAGUCACAAAGUGAGCUGCUCAAGCGGACCGUUUAUUGUGAAGCAUUUGCCUCUCCCAGGUCAGACAUCCAUUUCUUGGUGGAGUAGCAUGGUACAACUAUGAUUCUUAGUUGCUCAUUCUGUCAGUAGACCAUUUAUGCUAGAUAACUGUCUUUGUUUUUGUUUUGGUUUGUUUUGAUGUCUUUUGUUAAUGUCUUGGGCCAACUUUGUGAGGUUCUUUGCUCAUCCCCUAAAACUAUGGUACAGUUUUACAUAGGAAGACUUAAACUUGAGCAAAUGCCAUGUGAAAUGUUUCAGUUACAAUAAUUUAAAGGGCUUAGGUGGAAUCUUGCUGUAUAGGAAAACUUUUAUAAAUAAAGUUGACUUUCCACCUCAA